AUGUCGUCCCAAAACAAGCGUAUCGCCAAAGAGCUCGCCGAAUGCACCACCAACCCUCCAACCGGCAUCAGCAUCACCCUCCCCGACGACUCCGACCUCCACAAAUGGCACAUAACGAUGGACGGCCCGGAGGGCACCGUCUACUCGGGCGGCAAAUUCGGGCUCGUCGUCACCCUGCCCGUCGACUACCCCUUCCGGGCGCCGACGGUGAACUUCGCGACGCGCAUCUACCACCCCAACGUGACCAACGACAACCUGGGCAGCAUCUGCCUGGGCCCGCUCAAAGCCGAGAACUGGAAGCCGUCGACGCGCCUCGCGGGCGUGCUCGAGGCCGUGCGCGCCCUGCUCGUCGAGCCCCUCCCCGACGACCCCCUCGAGGCCCGCAUCGCCGACGAGUUCCGCGCCGACCGCAAGGAGUUCGAUAAGAAUGCCCGCGCCUAUGUUCAGCGCUACGCUAAGGGGCCGGUUCGGUUUGAUGUGCCGGCCGCUGCUGGGGAGGGGCCGGAUGAUAAGAAGGGGGCUGCUGCUGGGCCUGCUGGAACGGGGGGGAGUGGGACUGCGGGGCCGUAG